AUGAGUGACGGGGUGGGGAGCGAGCGGCAGUUGCUGCCCCGGCUCUGCCGCCUGGAGAAGGGGCCGAACGGCUACGGCUUCCACCUGCACGGGGAGAAGGGCAAGGUGGGCCAGUUCAUCCGGCUGGUGGAGCCUGACUCCCCGGCCGAGACGUCGGGGCUGCGGGCCGGGGACCGGCUGGUGGAGGUGAACGGCGAGAACGUGGAGAAGGAGAGUCACCAGCAGGUGGUGAGCCGCAUCCGAGCCGCCCUGGGCGCCGUGCGCCUGCUGGUGGUGGACCCGGAGACAGACGAGCAGCUGCAGAAGCUGGGUGUCCAGUGCCGGGAGGAGAUGAUCCACGGGCUGCCCGCCGCGGGGCAGGAGAAGCCGGAGGAGAAGCCGGAGGAGAAAAGUAACGAGGAGCCGCAGGAGGCACCGAGGGAGGAGGCACCGAGGGAGGAAGCGGAGAGGCCAGACGGGGAGGAGAAGAGCCACCCUGCGGAGCGGAAAGAGCUGCGGCCUCGUCUCUGUCCGAUGAAGAAGGGCCCUAACGGCUACGGAUUCAACCUCCACAGUGACAAAACCAAGCCGGGGCAGUACGUCCGGGCCGUGGAUCCAGACUCGCCGGCUGAAUCAUCAGGGCUACGUCCGCAAGACCGCAUCAUUGAGGUGAAUGGACAGUGCAUGGAAGGGAAGCAGCACUCUGACGUGGUGACGGCUAUCAAAGCUGGGGGAGAUGAGACCAAGCUGCUGGUGGUGGAUAGCUUAACAGAUGAGUUCUUCAAGAAGUGCAAAGUCGUUCCCUCUGAGGAGCACUUGACAGGUCCCUUGCCAGAGCCAGUUGCCAACGGCGAAGUAGAGAAGGAGGACAGCAGAGAGCAGCGGCCAGAGUCCGUGUCUGAAAGUCCAUCAAGCCCCGAGCCAAUGGCGGUGUCCCCCUCUUGGAAAGAGACCUACAACGAGUCUGACUCGCAAGAGAAGGAGGAGAAGCGAAACUCCACGCCAGAUCCACUCCUGGACCUCAACGUUCCCCUGGCUGUGGCCAAGGAGCGCGCGCACCAGAAACGCACCAGCAAGAGGGCGCCGCAGAUGGACUGGAGCAAGAAAAACGAACUGUUCAGCAAUCUCUGAAAAGCCCCCCGGCAGAGGAGAGGAGAGGUAGCAAACUCUCCAGCGUCUGGCCCAAAUCUCCACCAGCAUCUCGCUUUCU